AUGGUGGAACCUGAAUCUUCUAUGCAUUCUGCUUCUAUGGCAAAUGUUGAUGAAUCUUCAAGAAAUUCAUCGGAUGAUUCUUCAAGUGUCUAUUACUUGCAUCCAUCGGAUAACCUUGGAGCUCUUCUAGUCUCCGAAAUCUUGACUGGUGCAAAUUAUGUUGCGUGGAGUAGAUCUAUCUCCAUUGCUCUUACAGUUAAGAAUAAAAUCGCAUUUAUAGAUGGUACUCUGCCUCAAUCCAAUUCUGGUGAUUCUCGGAUUCGAAUUGCCUGGUUGAGAGCAAAUAAUCUCGUUUUAUCUUGGCUAAUGAAUUCAAUAACAAAAGAAAUUUCUGGAAGUCUGUUGUACUUCACAGCUGCGUGUGAUGUUUGGGAAGAACUCAAAACAAGGUAUCUUCGAAGUGAUGGUCCAAGAGUCUUUACCCUAGAAAAAUCUCUCAGUUCGAUUUCUCAAGGAGCAAGAUCAGUCACUGAAUACUUCAAUGAAUUCAAGACACUCUGGGAUGAUUAUAUAAGCUGGAGACCAAUUCCAAGUUGCAGAUGUGGAAUUCUUGAUAGAUGUUCUUGUAAUCUUUUAAAGAAUUUUACAGAUAGGUAG